UCGGCAACAAAUCAAUAUAGACACACGAGCAAACGCAUCCAUACAGGUCACAAGUUCAUCAAACUUCAACGGCAUACACAGCUAGCGGCAGAUAUGGCUCCAGCUCGACUUGUUGCAGGGAUGCUGCUGGCGGCGAUCGGCUGUGUGCUCUCUGUGGCCGCGGACAACCCGACCACACAAUCCCCCCAACCGUUCGUCUGGCAGAAGGCGCAUGCGACGUUCUAUGGCGGCGCGGACGCCUCUGACACAAUGGGUGGCGCGUGCGGGUACGGCAACCUCUUCUCUGAAGGGUACGGGACGCGAACCGCAGCUCUAAGCACAGUGUUGUUCAAUGACGGUGCCGCUUGCGGGCAGUGCUACAAGAUCGCAUGUGAUCGCAAGCGCGCAGACCCGUUGUUUUGCAAGCCCGGCGUGACGGUCACCGUCACGGCCACAAACUUCUGUCCACCCAACGACGCCCUCCCCAAUGACAACGGCGGUUGGUGCAACCUGCCACGGCCACACUUCGACAUGGCACAACCGGCCUGGGAGAAGAUCGGUGUUUAUAGAGGUGGCAUCAUCCCUGUCAUGUACCAGAGAGUUCCGUGCGUGAAGCGGGGUGGCGUGAGGUUCAAAAUUAAUGGUCACGAUUACUUCAUUCUUGUGCUUGUGAGCAACGUUGCUGCAACAGGCUCGAUCCAGUCCAUGGAUGUGAAGUGCUCUGAUUCCGAGGACUGGACGCCUAUGGCACGCAACUGGGGCGCUAACUGGCACUCGCUGGCUAACCUCACCGGCAAGAUGCUCUCCUUCAGGCUAACCAACACUGAUGGACACACGCUUGUAUUCAACAACAUUGUGCCAAAGGGGUGGAACUUUGGGCAAUCAUUUGCUAGCAAAUUGCAAUUCUAGUGAACAAUGUCUACCGAGCUAUGGAUUUGUCAUAAUUAUGUUGUGUAAAAUACUAGUUAUGGUGCUUAAUGUGUGUGCUGCUUGUUGUAGCACUGAUCUAAUCUUACCAUUAAAUUUGUUCAUACUCACUGUGUAAUUCGUAUGGUGUAUAUACUCACUGUGCUAGCAAAUUUGUAUUGUGUUUAUUAUAUCAACUGUGUACUGUUUGAAUUUACUUUUAUGAUGCAUUAAGUAAAUAGAUUAUGCCCUUUGCUAUGUAUGGUAACCUGCUAACAUACAGGCACAGAAAAAUAUCCAGUUAGGAAAUGGA